UCGAGCCGAGCUCGAGCUGGGUCUAGCUCGGCUCGGCUUGGCUCGUUUACAGCCCUAAUUCGGUGUGUGGUUAGCUUAGUUGUUGAAAAAGAUUGGCCUUUAUAUCAACUAGACAUUAAUAAUGCCUUUUUGUAUGGAGAUUUGAAUGAAGAGGUCUAUAUGAGUUUGCCAGAAGGGUAUUUUUCACAAAAUGAAUCCAAAAUGCGUAAAUUAACUAAAUCUUUGUAUGGAUUGAAGCAAGCUCCUAGAAUGUGGAAUGAAAAACUAGUAGGUGUGUUGCUUGAGCUAGGUUUCAAUCAAAGCAAGAGUGACUAUUCUUUGUUUGUUAAAUCCAUAAACUCUGCUCUUAUCAUAUUGUUAGUAUAUGUCGAUGACAUUAUCGUGACAGGUAAUGAUGCAAAUGAGAUUAACAAUGUAAAAGAAUUGUUAAAAUCGAAGUUUAUGAUUAAGGAUCUUGGGUUGCUAAAAUACUUUAUUGGCAUUGAAGUCAUUAGAUCACAAUUUGGUAUAUGUUUAUCUCAAAGAAAGUAUUGUAUGGAAUUAUUGACUGAGUUUGGUCUUAGUGGUUGCAAGCCCGUUAACACACCUAUAGGUCAACAUUUUGCGGUUAUGAACUUUUGCAAAAAGGAUGAAAGUGUCUUAACAAAUAUAACUGGCUAUCAAAGAUUGGUUGGUAAACUUAUUUACUUGUAUCACACUCGUCCUGAUAUAUCACACUCUGUGCAAUUCUUAAGUCAAUUCAUGCAUAAACCCACUAACUCCCACAUGCAACUAGCUCUGCGUGUGCUUCGGUAUCUUAAAAGGUCCCCAGGUAAGGGCAUUCUAUUGAGCAAAGGUACUUCUUUCCAUCUUACUGCUUUUGCCGACUCUGAUUGGGGUAAGUGUUUAGAUUCUAGAAGGUCAGUUACUGGAUUCUGUAUCUUUUUGGGUAAUUCCUUAGUCUCCUGGAAAAGCAAGAAACAUGGGACUGUUUCUAGAUCCUCUGCAGAAGCCGAGUACAGGGCUAUGUGUGCUACUACUUGUGAGAUCAUGUGGUUGCUAAACAUCCUCAAAGAAUUGAAAGUCCCAAUCAACUUACCCAUAGAACUUUUCUGUGACAAUACUGCUGCUAUUUCUAUAGCAGCUAACCCUGUGUUUCAUGAUAGAACUAAACAUUUUGAAAUUGAUUUAUUUUUUCUUCGUGAAAAGAUUUCUGCUCGCAUAAUCAAAACUGUCGCUACUGAAUCUAACAAACAAUUAGCAGAUGUCUUCACUAAAGGUCUCUUGGCAAACCAACAUGACAUGAUGUGUAGUUUGUUAAAGAUGCAUGAUAUGUUUGGUCAUUGAAUUGAGGGGGGGGGGGUGUUAAAAGUAUUAUCUAUUAAUAACCAAACAUCUUUUUAUUUAUGUUUUAUAUCUUUCUAAUCUUUCUUAUUUUUUAUGUCUUGUUAGUUUCUUGCUGAUGGGCCUUAGCCUUGCUGGUUUGGGCUUCCUCUAUGGUUGCUGGAUGUCCUCUAUGUCAAGGCAAAAAUCAUGCCGUUGUCUUGUUUCUGAGUUGGCGCUGGUUUCCCCUCAUCUCCUUGCUAUCCUUCCUUUUGAGCAAGUCCUGAUUUCAUGGUUUCCCCCUUUAGUCUGGAUGCUUGUGGAUAUAUAAAGUGCCUUCUUGGGGGUUAAGGACCACUGGAGUAUCAUCGUGCCACCAGCGGAACCACCCGAUCAUAUACACCAAUUCAAGAGGAAACCCAAUAAAUAUGGGAAAACCCCCUUGUGGGAAUCGAACCCAAAACUCAUUAGUCCAAAGUCUUAUCCCACCCGUAAGAUACCACUAGGCUAUAAAGCCAUGGGUUCUAACCCAAAGUUUUUGAUAUGGGUUAUUUAUAAGAUAGUAUGGGUGGGUUUGGCCGUUUGGGUAACUUAAUUUAAGUCAAAGGGUCGAACUGGGUUAUUUAAAAAAACAAAGGGUCGAACGAAGGGUUAGUGAACACUGAAUCACUGAACAUCAUCAUUCAUCCGCGACGCUCCAAUCUCCACCCUCUCCGCCGUCUCCUCCGCCACAAACCCCCACCGUCUCCGUCGUCUCUGUCGUCUCUGUAGUCUCCUCCGCCACAAACCCCCUACCCUCCGCCGUCUGAACGACUGAACAUCAUCACUUCACCAGCGACGGCAUCUUCGAUUAAUCAUCCUUUUCCAGUGAAGACAAGUAACAAUGCUCAUAUUCUUGCUGUCACUGGCGAGGACGAGAUUUGGCAAUCAGUCUUGAUACUAUUUCUUCACCACAAAAACCACCAAAUCAAAGCAUAGCAGCGCGGGAAGCAGAUCUCCACUUCACUCUCUCUAAUGGCGGCAAGAGGAGCAGAAGAUAAAGCAAAACCUUCGAUAGCGGUUGAACAAAUGGAAGAAGAUGACGAACACGAUGCAAAAGAGGUUGUCCUUCAGAGAUACUUUCUACAGGAAUGGAAACUCGUCAAGUCUAUACUCGACAACAUCGUUUCCAACGGCCGUGUUGUAGAUCUCUCAUCCGUUCGCAAGAUCCGAUCAAUUAUGGAUAAAUAUCAGGAACAAGGACAACUGUUGGAACCAUACCUGGAGAGCAUAGUUUCUCCCUUGAUGUUUAUUGUUCGAACGAAAACAAUCGAGCUAGGCGCGGAUUCCAAAGAACUUGUUAAAAUAAUCAAGCCUUUAUGUAUUAUAAUAUAUACUUUGGUCACAGUUUGUGGUUACAAAGCCGUAAUCAGGUUCUUUCCACAUCAAGUUUCCGAUUUAGAACCAGCGGUGUCUCUUUUAGAGAAAUGCCAUGGCACAAAUACAGGAACAGCAUUGAGGCAAGAAAGUACAGGAGAAAUGGAGACCAAAUGUGUUAUAUUAUUGUGGCUAUCUAUACUUGUAUUGGUUCCUUUUGAUAUAUCAUCUGUGGAUACAAGUAUUGUAAAUAAUCAAUCUGUGGAUGCAAAUGAACCACCUCCGUUAGUGGCUAGGAUACUAAAGAUCUCCAAAGAGUACCUUUCAAGCGCGGGUCCCAUGCAAACGAUAGCUGGCUUGCUUCUUUCUAAGCUUCUAACGCGUCCAGAUAUGUCGCCUGCUUUCACCAGCUUUAUUGAAUGGAGUCAUGAAGUUCUAUCAUCUGCCACAGAAGAUGUAAUACAUCAUUUCCGAUUACUUGGUGCUGUAGAAACUCUUGCUGCUAUUUUUAAGACUGGAAGCCGGAAAGCAUUACUUGAUAUUGUACCUGUUGUAUGGAAUGACACAUCAGUCUUGAUAAAGUCAAUCCCUGCAGCCCGUAGUCCUUUACUUCGCAAAAAUUUAAUAAAACUUGCACAACGAAUGGGGCUCACUUGUCUGCCUCAUCGUCCAACAACUUGGCGUUAUGUGGGUAAACAUAGUACACUUGGAGAAAAUAUAUCACAAAAUUCAUCACAAGCGGAUCCAAAUAGUCUUGUACCAAAUUCUGGCUCAUCCAAUACAGGCCAUGAUUGUUCUCUUCAAGAAGAAGAAAUGGAUGUUCCUGAUAUUAUUGAAGAGUUCAUCGAGUUACUAUUGUCUGGCUUAAAAGAUACAGAUACUGUUGUUCGUUGGUCUGCUGCAAAAGGUAUUGGUCGUAUAACUUCUCGUCUCACAUAUACUCUAGCAGAGGAAGUCUUCUUGUCUGUAUUGGAGUUGUUUUCACCUGGUGAGGGUGACGGAUCAUGGCAUGGUGGAUGUCUGGCAUUGGCUGAGUUAGCUCGUAGAGGACUGCUCUUACCUGUUAGCCUACCUAAAGUUGUACCUGUUGUUAUAAAGGCACUGCAUUAUGAUGUAAGAAGGGGCCCACAUAGCGUUGGAUCUCAUGUCCGUGAUGCAGCUGCUUAUGUUUGUUGGGCUUUCGGUCGUGCAUAUAAUCACACUGACAUGAAGGGAAUACUGGAUGAGCUGGCACCACAUCUUUUAAUAAUUGCAUGUUAUGACCGUGAGGUUAAUUGUAGAAGAGCAGCUGCAGCUGCUUUUCAGGAAAAUGUUGGUAGACAAGGAAAUUAUCCUCAUGGAAUCGACAUCGUGAAUACGGCUGAUUAUUUCGCACUUUCUUCUCGAGUAAAUUCCUAUCUUAAUGUUGCCGUAAGUAUAGCCGAAUAUGAUGGUUACCUUUAUCCAUUCAUGGAUGAACUUUUAUCCAACAAGAUUUCUCACUGGGAAAAAGGAUUAAGAGAACUUGCAUCAAAUGCUUUAUCCAGUCUUGUGAAAUAUGAUCCGGAAUAUUCCGCAAAUUUUGUGCUCGAGAAAUUAAUUCCAUGCACUCUUGCUACUGAUUUAUGCAUGCGUCAUGGUGCAACAUUGGCAGUUGGUGAGCUUGUGUUAGCUCUAAAUAACUGUGGUUAUACUCUUCCAAACGAUAAGCAGAAAGGCGUUGCUGGUGUGGUACCUGCUAUUGAGAAAGCACGAUUAUACCGUGGAAAAGGUGGAGAGAUAAUGCGUGCUGCAGUUUCUCGGUUCAUUGAGUGUAUUUCUAUCGUUAACAUAACAUUAACAGAAAAAACAAAAAGAAGUCUGCUUGAAACCAUUAAUGAGAAUUUGAGGCAUCCUAACGCUCAAAUACAGAGUGCUGCCAAUGAAGCUUUCAAACAUUUUGUUCCAACUUACUUUGCAAAAAUGGAUGAUAAAGGAACUUUUGAUAUUACCCUUAAGUACCUAGAUCAGUUAAAUGAUGCGAAUGUAGCUGUGAGAAGGGGAUCUGCAUUGGCAUUAGGGGUUUUGCCCUUUGAGUUUCUUGCUUCAAGAUGGAAAAUAGUGCUUCAAAAACUAUGCAAAUCUUGUGCGAUCGAGGAUAACCCAGAAGAUAGGGAUGCUGAAGCACGGGUAAACGCUGUUAAAGGACUUGUAUCAGUGUGUGAAACUCUAACUUCAACUACAGAUUAUUCUGGUUUACAACCACAUGAUGACACAUCUCUAUUUCUCACAAUAAAAACCGAAGUAAUGCAGAGUUUGUUCAACGCUUUGGAAGAUUACUCUGUUGAUAACAGAGGUGAUGUGGGCUCAUGGGUUCGUACAGCUGCCAUGAAUGGGCUUGAGAAAUGCACAUACAUUUUAUCCAAGAGAGAUAAAAUACAUGGAAAUGAAUCGCUUUUUGAUGCUAAUAUUGCAACUAAUUUAGUUGGAGGCCUUGUGAAACAAGCGGUUGAAAAGAUGGACAGAUUAAGAGAUGUGGCGGCAAAAAUUCUUCAAAGAAUUUUAUACAGUGAAGUCGUUUUUGUUUCUCAAAUACCUUACAGAGAAACACUAGAAAAAAUUGUUCCUAGUGAAGAGGAAUUGAAGUGGGGGGUACCCAGUUGUUCUUUCCCUCGGUUCAUUCGGCUACUUCAGUUUGGUUGUUACAGUAAAUAUAUUAUGUCUGGUUUAGUAAUUUCGAUCGGUGGAUUAGAAGAUUCUUUAAAAAAGGCUGCACUUGGUGCUUUGUUAGAUUACGUUCAAGCUAUUAAAGUUAACGAUGAGAGCGAAACGAACUCCAGAGAGUUGAGUAUAUCUGAUGACAUACUUUGGGUUCUUCAGAAGUAUAAAAGACGUGACCGAGUUAUAAUUCCAACCUUGAAGACUAUAGAUAUUCUCUUCAGCAAAGGCAUCUUAUUACACAUGGAGGCUCAGACUAAAAUAUUUUGUGGGGGUGUUGUGGAGUGUUUGACCACUGAGCUGAAAGGAACGAAGGACUUUGCCAAGUUAUAUGCUGGAAUCGCAAUACUUGGAUACAUUGCAUCGAUUUCUGAACCAGUUAAUAUCCAAGCUUUCUCUUAUCUUGUGUCUUUCCUUACCCAUCGAUAUCCCAAGAUACGGAAGGCUUGUGCUGAACAAGUUUAUCUGGUUCUUAUCCAAAAUGGGGAUCUUGUGGCGGAGGAGAAUUUAGAAACUGCAAUUGAAAUAGUGUCUGAAUGUUGUUGGGAAGGGGACGUGGAGGAAGCAAAACGCCAAAAGCUUAAGCUGUGUGGUUUAGCCAAUUUAGAGGCGGGGCAAUUUGUUACGCAUAGCUCACGGACAUCUUCAAAAGCACCGCAACAUAAAGCUAAACCUGAUGAUGAAAAUGCAUCCUACUCAUCCUUGGUAGGAUCUGCUGGAUUUUGAUUUGAUUUUGGUUUUUCAUCAUUAUAUGUAUCUUGUUUAUGCACGUUAAAUUCAUGGGUUUGAGUUUAGCAAGGCUCUUGUUAGAUCAUGUUGAUUUUGAGUUG